GGGAGCACGUGGGAGCCAUGGCCCAGCGGCGCCUCCUGUUGGUUGGGGAGGGGAAUUUCUCUUUUGCCGUCGCUCUGAGUGAGACCCUGGAUCCAAACACCAGUCUAACCGCCACCUGUCCCCAGCGCCCAGCGGACCUGGCCCAGGAUCUGGUGGCCCAAGAGAACCUACAGCACCUGCGCGAGCGAGGUAACGAGGUACGCUUCGGUGUGGACUGCACCCACCUGGCAGAUGCCUUUGAACCGCAAGACAGAGAAUUUGAUCGAAUUUAUUUUAACUUUCCGCACUGUGGGCGCAAAGCUGGAGUAGCUAAGAACAGGGAACUGCUUGCCAAGUUUUUCCGGAGCUGUGCAGAUGUUCUUGCAGAGGACGGAGAAAUCCAUGUGGCAUUAUGUAGAGGACAAGGUGGGACUCCUGCUGAUAAGCCAAUGAGAGAAUGGCACAACAGUUGGCAAGCGGUUGCCAUGGCUGCUCUGGGGGGAUUCAUUUUAAGUGAUGUGCAUCCCUUCAGCUGUGAGGUUGUGCCAGGGUACAAGUGCACUGGAUAUAGGAGUCAAGAUAAGUCCUUUCAUAUAGAAGGUGCCUUGAACCAUAUCUUCACCCGGAGCUUACCCUUUGAAAGUUUGCAACCAAGAAUCUGUAGGAUCAAACUGGGUGACCAGUGGUUUUCUUUUCUGGAACCAGAAGUACUUGUAGGAAAACUGAACAGGGGCUUCCUAGAAGCACCUUCAUGUCAUCCUAUCAAGACCAUAAAUGAGAAACUCAUUGCUGAAUUGGGGAAAGCUUUUCCUCUAAAAAGGCUGAAGUGUUCUUCCCCUUUGCUGCCACAAGGAGAUGCCAGUGUUCUCACAUCCCACAACCCUGACAUCCUAUCAACUGCCUUUUGGGUUAGUCUCCAUGAAGAUAACUCAAAUUUUGAGUCCCUGACUAGUGGGACAACACAAGACAUGGAGGACUUUGUAGUGUCAUUUUCAGAACUCAGCCUUCCCAAGAGCCCUAGAAGAGACAGGAAGGAAGAAGCUUGUGGAGGACCGUAUGGCCAGGCCAAGGUCUGCCUCAGACCUUCUCUUCUGGUUUACAUCCAAGCUGUAAUCCAAGCACCAGACUUUCUUCCUGGCUCUCUGCACAUCCUCAGUGGACCUGUCUUUCAGAGGCGCUGCAUCUCACCUUUCACAAUGCCAGCAUUUCACGAGACUUUGUAUAUCCUUGGAUUUAAUAAAAUUCUGAAGGAUAGCUGUCUUCAGUCACUACUGGAUCAUCUGAAGCGCAUUCUAGACAACCUUCUGACCCAGACAUGGCUGGAGGGCUCUGAGCUGAGCAGUUCAGUGGAAUUUGUCUUUCAACCAACUGGGGAAAGAUAUAUGAUUACUGUGAAGUCUCAAAAUUUUGGCCCAGAUUGUGUUAAGGACCUGAUUAUUGGGUCUGUUACCACAUCUGCUACAAGCGUGAUACACAAAGACCAGUGUUUUGUGUGUGUGUCUAUGAACUUGGACCUCUUAGCCAUGCUUGUCUGGGGUAUCUCCGAUUGGAGGAUGCUGUGGACCUCUGAUAGUCGUUUCCUGAAGAAUUUUGCCCCUGGAAAAAUAGAACCCUUUAAAAGCUAUUCCCUGUAUCCUCCAUACUAUGUGCAUGAUAUUAGUUUUUGGUUAGAUGAAAAGAAAAUAUUUGAUGAAGUCGAGUUUCACACUCUGGCUCGAGCAGUGUCCCAGGACACCAUCGUAUCCAUACAAUUCCUUAGUCGUUUUCAGCAUCCAAAGACUGAACAGGUCAGCCUCUGCUAUAGAUUGACAUACCAGGCCUGUGACAAGGCCCUGAGCCAGCAACAGGUAGCAUCAAUGCAGUCCCAGCUUAGGAAGGAGAUUCAGCAACGACUCCAUGUGACACCUCGGUAGUUUAGUAAACUCGUCUCUGCAUAGUGAUCCUUGUGGGUGUGGGUGGAAAAAGACCAACUUGUAUGCUGUAGUUCUUUCUGGACUUUUUGUUUGUCUUGUAAAAAUCUUCUACUUUGUAAAAGAUUGGUUAAUUGAGGGGCUUCCCUGGUGGUUAAGAAUCCACCUCACAGAGCAGGGGACAAGGGUUUGAUCCCUGGUCGGAGAACUGAGAUCCCACCUGACUCAGAGCAACUAAGCCCUCACGCUGUGACUACUGAGCUCUCACUUCAGAGCCUGUGUGCCAGAACUAGAGUCUGAGCGCUACAAGGAAACAGCCCGCACGUGACGCGGUGAAGAUCCUGAGUGCCGCAACUAAGACCCGAUGUGGCCAAAUAAAACUUUAAAAAUUUAAA